AUGCGCCAGCUAUACAGCAAUCAUUCCAAUACUAGUACACGUUAUGCCGUCGCUGCGGUAAUUGAUAAGAUUCCCGACGGCUCUGCUCCAAACCGAUUAGAGUCCGAGGGCCUGUCUCUCGUGGUCGUUGACAAGGAGAAUGUACAUGGAAAAGCCGUACCUCCUCGUCGUUUUGGUGGGCCUGCCAACGAGGAGUCUGAUCUCUUGGUAUCAAUCCGCAACAAACAACCAAGCCAGAACCCUGCAGAUGUUAUAUACGAGGUCGGCCUACGUCUUGCAAAUACAGUCUUCGUCAAUGGAAAAGAAUCAACUCUUUUCGGCAUGCGGUGGACUCGUGAUGGAACGACGAAUGCAUAUACCCUGGCCAGCACAAUAGAUCUGACAAGUUGUGCCGUCACAUCUACCCCGUCAUCUGUGGGUGUCAGCCUGACACUCCCCCUCUAUCCUAUUGGUGAACGGAGAAAAGUGAUCGCUAGUAUGGGGAAUAUCCUACGGCAAAUUUCAAAAUCAAGCGACCCGACUUCGCAGGAGCCAAUUCCUGCAUCCUCAGAGCUCGAGAAGGACCUUCCUCGGUAUAUCAAAGAACACAAUAUUACGGACCAAAGGGUUUCUGUUUGGGCUCUGGUUGAGAAACCGGAUGUCAUGAUCGCAGACCACAACUUGCCCACACAGGACGACUUGAUCCAAUCACUAACCCAGGGCAGCAAGCUGCAUCGAGUCGUGAGUGGAGGUGGAGGCUGGGGAAAGAAGCAAGGCCUCCUUUCCCUUGACCCAGAGGUCAACUUUUCAGGCUCUGCCCGGCGAGAUGCCCUAGUUGGCCUAGACCAGCUCUUCAAUCCCAGCACGAAUGCUGAAUCGGAUCUCCCACCAUUCCUUGCGAAAGGCUUGGUCGGUGACGACCUUUCCCUGUUGUCGCAGGUCGCAACAGCUGGUGAUUUCAUUCAAUUCUUCGUGUCGGUGGACCCAACAGGUGUGCAGGGCGCUGUUGCAAGUGAUGCCAACGCUUCGGACGGCAACAUCACAUACCGCUUCGGGAUGGUGUCGAGUGCGGAAGAAAUCGCUUCAUCGGAAGCAGUGGAUGGAACUUAUAAGAUCACCGUGUUGCCGAACUGUUUCGGAGCACUGUCUGAGAAGGCAAUUGCAUACGGUCAACCAGUGGCGCAAGGUGGAGAAACAUCGGAAUCCUGUACUAAGCUGGAUAUCCCUGGAUGCCGGGUUGUCCUGAACACUGUAUAA